GCGCACUGCUGCGCUCUACCGACUCCGGUCGUUCUCGCAUCGCAGGUGUCAACUGAGCGAGCGUCUCUGUUGCAGCUGUGAGUGAGCAAACCUCCCUGUCCCAGCGAAAAUAUAUCAGUCCUACGGAGCGGGCGGGCAGGACAGAUCGGACGGCCUGAAAAUGUCCGAAUGAGACCGUGAGCCUGUGUCUGUUGCCAGGGCAGGUUUAAGCGGAGAAGAGGGCGGCUUUCCGGGCUGUAGACAGCGGGCUCGCGGAGCGUCUUCAGCGGGGAGCGCUGCGGUCCUGCCGCUGCUACAAUGUUCGUGCAGGAGGAGAAGAUCUUUGCAGGCAAAGUCCUGAAGGUCCACAUCUGUACCAUGGAGGGCACUGAGUGGCUGGAGGAAGUUACGGAAGACACCACUAUAGAGAAACUCAAGGAGAAAUGCUUAAAGCAUUAUGUCCAUGGAAGUCUGGAGGAUCCUAAAACUCUUACACAUCACAAACUCAUUCAUGCUGCCACUGAGAGAAUUCUCACAGAAUCCAAAACAGUUGCUGAGGAAAAUCUUAAAGACAAAGACUGCUUAUUAUUGAUAAAGAAAAGACCUCCACCGGCUCCACCAAAAAUGGCCGACAUAUCUUCUGAAGAGAAGAAGAAGCAAGAGAACAAAGCACCAGAUAAGGAGGCCAUCCUCAAAGCCACAGCAAACCUGUCCACUCGUAACACUGACCGCACUGUAACUCAACACAAUAUCAGAGAUUUUCAAACAGAGCUGAGGAAGAUUCUGGUCUCACUUAUUGAGGUGGCUCAGAAGCUGCUGGCUCUGAAUCCAGAUGCUGUUGAGCUCUUCAAAAAGGCCAAUGCCAUGCUGGAUGAGGAUGAGGAGGACCAUGUGGAUGAAACAGCCCUGCAGCAGCUGACUGAGAUGGGUUUUCCUGAGAGUCGUGCUGUGAAGGCUCUGCGCUUAAACCACAUGUCUGUGACCCAGGCUAUGGAAUGGCUGAUUGAGCAUGUGGAUGACCCCAUGGUUGACACUCCUCUGCCUGGACAGGACACCCCAGGGGCGGCGGCCGCUGCAGCUGCAGCCCCUGCCCCAGCUCCCUCUGCCACAGCUUCAGGAGCCCGGGCACGUCUGUCCUCCCAGGCCAGCCUAGAGGAGGCCAGACAAGAUGAACUGACAGAGAUCUUCAAACGGAUCAGGAGGAAAAGAGAGUUCAGGCCUGACUCACGGGCAGUCAUUGCGCUGAUGGAGAUGGGCUUCGAUGAGAAGGAGGUGAUUGAUGCCCUUCGCGUCAAUAAUAAUCAACAGGAUGCAGCUUGUGAAUGGCUGCUUGGUGACAGAAAGCCCACCCCUGAGGAUCUGGACAAGGGCAUUGAUACCAACAGUCCCCUGUUUCAGGCCAUCCUGGAGAACCCCGUUGUACAGCUUGGUCUCACAAACCCCAAGACUCUUCUAGCAUUUGAGGACAUGCUGGAGAAUCCGCUGAACAGCACGCAGUGGAUGAACGAUCCUGAGACAGGUCCUGUCAUGCUCCAGAUCUCCAGAAUCUUCCAGACACUCAAUCGCACGUAAAACACACCUCAUCUGUGGAGCGGCUAGAACCACAGCAUAGGGAAAAAGGUCAAUCAUUUAGAAGAGAAGUGUGUGUGUGUGUGUGUG